CUUUACAACGUGAUCAAAUGAGUGAAGAAUCUGAAUUAGUAUUUGCACAACUUAAAACUUUAGAAUCAAUUCGUAUUCAAAAAAUUUUAAAUGAAAGAACAACACGAUUAAAACUCCAUGAUGAUUACUUUUUAGUUGGUCAAACUGCUACAAAUUUAGAAAUUGAGCAAUUUUUUAAGACCAUUCAUAUAAUUGAUCCAAGUCUUAAACAAACAAUGACUACAUCGAAUGCUUUAAAAAAACAACAAUUUUAUAAUGAUUUUUUAAAAUCUCAUUGUCAAAUUCGAACUUAUACAUUUCAAAUUAAAAAAUGUACAAGCCAAGAAUGUCAAAUAUGUCAACCAAUUCGAAUGCCACAUGAUCAAUUUGAAUUAUUAUCUUUUUUACCUGAUCCUGAAAUUUCUGCAGACAAAGAACAUUAUAAAGAAUUUGAUGAAUUAUACGGACAGUUAACUAGUGAAAAAUACAGAUUAUUACAUCAAGAAAUUUUAAAUGAAGAAUCUCAAGUUGCUUUAGAUGAAGAAGAUUCUCAAACAGUUGUGCAAUAUUUUGAAAAUAUAUCCUAUAGUUGUGGAUCACCAAUUCUUCCAGACAGUCAUCCGCUUUUUAAUCAACUUCAUAUACACCAAAAUAUUACUUGUGAUUCACCUAUUGAACGAAAUUAUUAUUCAAGCCGUUUGAAAGAUGUUGAUUUAUGUUACUGGUGUGGAGCUGAAGAUGGUAUUAUUGAUCCAUCUGAUGAGUUAAAAUCAGAAUUUAAAACUAUCUAUCCAUUAUGCGCUUCAUGUUAUGCUAAUGGCCAUGAAUGGUCUACUCGUGCACCAAUUGUAUUUCAAGCGAACAAAAAA